AUGCUGGCAAAUCAUGCUAUCACAGCACAACAGGGUGCUUCACCCUUGCCUGCACCCACCCUACCUUCUACUCCCACACUAAAGCCACUUUCACACAAUACACCUUCUCAGUCUGAGACACAAGGUAUGCAGUCAUCCAGCAUAAUGACAGAUUUCAUCACAGAGGAGAGUCCUGCUGAUUCCCAUCCACCACCUCUCUCUGAGCCUACCCCAACAGAGGCAGCACCCCCUGAACCUACCUCUGCACCCUCCAAGCCUACCUCCGCAGAGGCAGCACCCCCUGAACCUACCUCUGCACCCUCCGAGCCUACCUCUGCAGAGGCAGCACCCCCCGAACCUACCUCUGCAGAGGCUGCGUCGUCUGGCAUAGCGACCAUGCCACUAAUUGGCAGUUGUAGCAAACGAGUCCGGCAGAUUUCCAAGUGCAAUGAAAUUGCUAACUUUAUUGGGUUGGAGAACACUGGCUCUAAGAAACAGGGGAGUUCUGGUGUUAACGGUGUGCACAGGAAGAAGCAAAAAAAAGCCUAAGUCGUCACAUACAGUUCCUUUUGUUUCCUU